CUCCACACUCCUCUCCUGUACAUACUGCCCACUGUCAUACCCUCUACACUCCUCCUCUGUACAUACUGCCCACUGUCAUACCCUCCACACUCCUCUCCUGUACAUACUGCCCACUGUCAUACCCUCCACACUCCUCUCCUGUACAUACUGCACACUGUCAUACCCUCCACACUCCUCUCCUGGACAUACUGCCCACUGUCAUACCCUCCACACUCCUCUCCUGUACAUUCUGCCCACUGUCAUACCCUCCAUACUCCUCUCCUGUACAUACUGCCCUCUAUAAUACACUUCACACUCCUCUCCUGUACAUACUGCACACUGUCAUACCCUCCACACUCCUCUCCUGUACAUAAUGAUCACUGUCAU